AUGGACGGUUUAGCUCUUUACAUUUUUCAAGAACCUAUACGUACCAAUGUUGUUGAAGAAGUGUCGCAGGUAGCCACUCGUUCAUUAGAAGAUGAGCAAGUGGCUUUUAAGGCAGAGGAAUUUUCAAAAGGUCUUCUAACUGCUAUUGCCAAUGAUGACCACACUCAGAAACUUGCUGUGAGAUUUUUACAGGAAGUGUUAGAUCGCGAAGAAACAAAAAUAGCUGCUAAUAAACUUGUGUACACAGUGAUUACCAAUGAAGAGACCCAGCAGAAACUUGCUCAUUUAUGCAAAGAUGUUCUAGCUGCUACAUUGAAUGACCCAGACAUUAAACAUGAAUUAAUUGUUGUAAUGAAACUGGUGUUAAGGAGUGAGGAGGUAGUAGAGUCCGUCAGAAAUCUUAUGAAACAUGUUAUGGUGAUGGAAGAGGUCCGAGAAAUGAUGGCACAGUUCUUUAAGAAUGUAUUGGCAACUGAUGUAGUUGUAGAACAGGCUACAAUGUUAGGUAAAAGUGUAACUAAGAAUGUAAUCAGCGAUGCAGCAAUCCAAGAAGAAGCUGGAUCUUCCAUCUGGAAGGCAAUAGGAUUCUCCUUAACUCCCUCCUGGUUAUCCUAUUCUAAGAAACCUAGUGAACCUAUUCCAGUCAAAGACUAAAAGUUGAGUUUUUAAAUAAAGUAAGAAUGGGAGCAGAUGGAAUUCUGGUGACCAAGGUUUUGUCAAGAUCUCCACGGCUCAGCACACCGACUGAGGUAAACUACUCCCUAAGUAAUUCCCUCAGACACUACAUAAUAUGUCUGAGGCAUGAGAGUGUCUUGAAUGACCUCAUCUGUAUGUAAGCAGCAGUAUGGUUUGUAUGGUUUGGAAUUAUACAGGAACUGAUGUGUUAAUAGUAAAAAUGUUUUGUUGUGUUUUGUGACAAACAAAAUGAUGUUGCAAAUGAUUUUACAAUGGACAUACAAAUCAGGUUUAAGUACUUUGCAUUGUUUGUGUAUAUUUGCUAUGUUCUUUUUAUAGCUUGCAAAUUUGUUUUCAAUAAAUGAAUAUAACAAAUUUUUAUACCAACAUAAAAAUGCUAGAUUAAAAAUUUGAUUUUUUGAAAUUCAAAAUAAAAAAUUCCUACAUAUUCUAUAACAUAGAAUUUCUACCUUCUUAUUAUAGAAAGAAUACGCUAGUGGCACAAUUAGUAAUUUGUAAUUUUAAAAAAUUAUUCACAAACAAAUUAUCAGGCACACAACACACAAACUGAAACAAACAAAAUUGUACCAGGUGAUAGGAUUUUUGGUGAAAUAUUUUAUUUUCAUCCAUUUUUUAUAAUAAAUAAUUUAUAUUGACAGCAACACUAUACUUAAUUCAGGUUUCUAGAAAUACUGUAUACAGUAUUAGAAGCAACUUGUCUCAUUAUCACACGUCACUUAAGCUUCCUCCUUGCAUUUUAUAAUUACUACUGUUAUAAAGCUUUAAUUUAAUAAAUAAUACAAUGUA